CCUGCAGUGGUCACGUGACGCCCACCCACGCACGCAUCCACCAGCCACCGAAUAAACGCUGCGUCGUGUGGAUGGAUCCCUUCGAUAAUUGGCUGCACACCAACCAAGACCGACGACAGGUACCCAACAUCACGGACUCGCCGAAGGAUCUCCGCGUUCCGGCGCGGAACGACAAUGAACCACGAUUUGGGACUUCGACGGCCGUAGUUUUCUUUCCCUCGCAUUCCCGAAUCGAUAUUCCGCCUCUGUGUAGCGCCAGUUUCCAGACGCACGUCGGCCGAUUCGCAUGUAUCGUGCGACUAUAACCUAGAAAUAAAAAAACAAGACGACGACUUUUCCGCACCGCAUCCUGAAAGGUGGAAAGUCCGCAGCGGGACCGGGAUCGCGGACAUGGGGAACGAGUUCCCGCGUAUGCACGGGUGCUAAGAUGACAAUAGGGUCGGCGGUGUGUUGUUUGCGCGCAAUGUUCCCGUGACUUAUUGACAUGUGCCGGUGUAAAUGUGUGUUAGUUGUGUUCUUUAGCGGUGGCUGAUUGAGAAAAACAACAACAGAUUAUUGAAGUCUGGUUUUUUUGACUUAACUUCAACACGCUUCGAUAUGAUUCCGUCUAAAAACUGUGAUUUACCUUCCAAACGAGAUCUAGAAAUAUGCGACUUAGACAAUAUGCCAGCAAAACCAAAUAUGGGCGGCCGUCAUCUAAGCAAAUCAACCUCCGAACUAAGUAGUCCUAGAGAAAUGCCGGAGGCAAGACCAAGAUCGGCCGCACCACCCGAAACCUCGCAUUUAUCCGUUUACCAAAAGGCGCAUUCUUUCUUUUCACAAUUAAAGAGUCGCUGGAGCCACAGCAAACGGGAGCGGCGUCACAAAUCUCCCGGCCGACAGGACUCCACGGACUACGCGGCCGAUCUCAGCAGCGAUCACAGCACGCCGAGCACUCAGAGCCCACGACACCGCGUCUACACCAGAACUGACUCGCCCCUGAGCCGCACGUGCGCCGGCGGGGACACCAGCUCUCCCAGUGGUUCCCCCAGACCUCGUGCACCAACCCCGGGAGCUGUGGCUGGCCUUGACCUAUUGCCGUUGUCGUCUAACGAUGAAAUCACGAGGAGGAGGGAACAGGCCCUGCGGCAGCAUUCUUUCUUCCAGCUGCGCGUUCAUCUUCGAAGGGGCCAUGGGUUGGUCGCCAUGGACAAAAACGGAUUAAGCGAUCCUUACGUGAAAUUUAAAUGUGGCGGCCGCUUGGUGUAUAAAUCUAGGACUGUCUACAGAGACCUGAAUCCGUUAUGGGAUGAGAGCUUUACCGUGCCUAUAGAAGAUCCGUUUCUUCCAAUAUCCAUUAAGGUCUUCGAUUACGACUGGGGACUACAGGAUGAUUUUAUGGGUUCAGCCACAUUAGAUCUUACAACUCUCGACUUAUUGCGCACAACGGACAUUAACCUGCCCCUUCAAGAUCCGGCACGGCCCGAAACGGCCUUAGGCGAGAUUCUGCUAACCGUUACUUUGCAUCCCAAAAGUCAGGAAGAGAAGGAACAGUACUUCCAAAGAAAUAGUCGAGUACAAGAUGUAAAUAAACGACUGAAGUCUCAAAUUUGGAGUUCCGUAGUAACAAUAGUUUUAGUUGAAGGAAAGAACCUUUUAGCCUGUGAUCCUGAAAGUGGAACUUCCGACCCUUAUGUUAAGUUCAGAUUAGGCAACGAAAAGUACAAAAGUAGAAUAAUCUGGAGAUCAUUGAAUCCUAGAUGGUUGGAGCAAUUGGACCUUCAUCUCUACGACGACGGUGACCAACAAUUGGAAAUUACUGUUUGGGACAAGGAUCGUUCAAGGGAUGAUUUCAUAGGAAGAUGUGUGAUAAAUUUAGCAACCUUAGACAGAGAAAGAACGCACAGUUUAUGGAAAGAAUUGGAAGAUGGAGCAGGCUCUCUUCACUUGUUACUCACCAUCAGUGGUACCACAGCAUCGGAAACAAUUUCGGAUCUUACUACGUAUGAGGAAAAUCCGAGAGAAAGAGAACUACUUGAAAACCGAUAUAUCUGGCAUAGAACAUUCCACAACCUGAAGGACGUAGGCCACUUAACCGUGAAAGUUUUCAAAGCAACCGGCUUAGCGGCGGCCGAUCUGGGCGGCAAGAGCGAUCCCUUCGUUGUUCUGGAGUUGGGGAAUGCCCGUUUGCAGACGCAAACCGAAUACAAGACUUUAUCGCCGCAAUGGAACAAAAUAUUCACGUUCAACGUCAAAGAUAUUAACAACGUGCUCGAAGUUACCGUAUUCGACGAAGACAGAGAUCACAAAGUCGAAUUUCUUGGGAAAGUUGCCAUUCCUCUGUUGAGAAUUAGGAACGGCGAGAAAAGAUGGUACGCGUUGAAGGACAAGAAGUUGAGGAGCAGGGCGAAAGGAAACUGUCCGCAGAUCUUGUUGGAGAUGAAUAUCGUGUGGAAUCCCAUCAGGGCGUGCAUUAGGACGCUCAAUCCGAAGGAGGAGAAGUACAUGCAGACUGAGGUGAAAUUCAAGAGGCAGGUCUUCGUGAAAAACGUGCUCCGGAUGAAGGUGUUCGUCUUGUACUUCUAUGAAGUGGGAAAAGUCUUUCAAAAUUGUUUCGAAUGGGAGUCGAAAAUUCAAAGCUUUGCUGCUCUAGUCAUUUGGUUAAUUUUGUGUUACUACUUCGAACCUUGGAUGAUCCCCAUCGGUGGAUUGUUACUGUUCCUCAAACAGUACAUAGUUAGAAGCUUGGCUGGACCAAGCGCUGUGCCAUGGGAUGAAGUAGCCGAUUCAGAUUUAGAUGAUGAAGACGACGAGGAUAAGGAGAAGGAGGAAAAGAAGAGCCUGAAAGAAAGAUUGCAGGCUAUACAAGAGGUAACACAGGGGGUUCAGAACGCAAUUGGAAGGAUCGCUUCUCUCCUGGAGGGUGUCAAAAACACAUUCAACUUUACGGUGCCAUAUUUAUCCUGGAUAGCAAUAACACUCCUGGUGAUAGCAACAGUCGUCCUGUAUCUAAUUCCUAUUCGUUAUCUCCUGAUGCUUUGGGGAGCCAACAAAUUUCUGCGCAGAAUCCUGCGACCGCAUGCCGUACCUAAUAACGAGCUCCUGGACCUCCUCUCCAGAAUACCCGACGACGAGAUGCUGAUGUAUAUUAAAUUACUGGCCGUCAGCUUGUCCACCCAUAUUGGGAGGAUGUCAGUCAUACGCUGGUACUUGCAGCUGGAUUAUAAGGACCUCAAAAUCCUAAUGAACAUGAUGGAGACCGAUGGAAGGAAGCGGGAACCUAAGAAGAAGCACAAAACCUCCUAGUGGACCUCCAAGAUAGCGCCGGCCAAAUGGCGGGUGCGACUGGAAAAAAUCAAAGAAAAGUCUGACUAACUAAUUUUUACUUCUUACAUCUAAAUGUUGUUCAAAUUAUAAAUUUACGUAUUUAGAAGAAGCAAUCUUUUUAGGUGAUAGUCACAAGGACAUUCGAAUAAUAUAUAAUAAUCAUAGAUUUAAAAUUGUAUUCUCAAUCAGAGUUUCAUCAUAAUUAUUGUCAUUCGAUGUAAUACACUACAAGUUUCACAUUAUUGUAUUCACUACUAUACUAACAAUAAGAUCGAUCGCCGUUCUAGCAUUAACUGUAACUUAAUAUAAAUGUAUAGAGUUAAAUCGUAAUCUGAACUGAAAUUAAAUAUUUAAAUUAAGCAAACCUUCAUUCUAAAUAAUUUAAUGAUAUAUUAAUUCAAGUGACUAUUGCCAACCAAAUUUAUUUAAAAAAGAAAUAUAGUUAUAAGUCCAGAUAGUGAGAUAUUACGUACUUAAAAUUGGUGUGCUUCAAGUUUGUCAAUAAAAUUUAGGGAUUUUCGGACUAGAUUAUUAGAUAAACAUUAUAUAAAUCAUGACUAUGAACAUUGUUAAGACAACAAGUUCAACGUUAAAUGUUUACACACAUGUUCAGAGGAGCGAGAAGAAUUGCUCAAAUUUCAGUUACUUCGUGUAAACGUUUAUAGUUCGACUUGUUGUGCGAAUAUUUCAAUUAUAAAAUUAAUAUUUAGAAACAAGAUUAGCUGAGUUAGUGACACGUAUCCACGUCGUUUUUAUUUCCUCAAAAAUAUAACGAAAUUAUUAUUGUUUCUUUUUUGAACAAAUCAUUUAAAAUCUCACUUAUGUCAUUAAUGAACAUUAUCAGAUUUUAUAUUUUUCUACCCGUUGUUAAAUGUAUUAAUUAGUUAGAAAAUAAUAGAUUAGAGAAUAUGCGGUUUACACUUUAAUUUUUUGCAUUCAACAUACAACUGAUACGAGUUGUUGCUUCUUGUUCCAGUUAAAACAAUAUAAGUUUCACACAGUGUUACGAUAUUUAUGAACCUAACUAAAAAAAGUAAAAGUUACAUUUAGUAAAAGUCCUGUUGUUAAACAAAGACAUUUUUUCGCAACAAGACGACAAUCAACAAAUAGAGGUUAGUUUACGUCACAUUUAACUAACUAUUCCUAAAUUAUGUUCAAAUUAGUUUGUCAAUUAAUAUAGUUUUGUCGAAAAAUUAAUGUGUACAACCGUGUAUGUAACACCAAUUUUAUAAGGCCAGUUGAUUCUUCCAAAUUUUACAAUUUAGAUAAUUUAUUACAAUUCUAGAAUAUUUAAAAUUGUUAAUAAAUUAAAAUUGCACAAUAUCAUCCCAUAUCACAGUUCAGUUGUAUUUAGUGUUUUUACUAUACGAUAUUGAAUGUGAUAUAGAUUGGUAUUUUCCAAAUGUUGUUUAGGUUUAAACAUGACAAGGUGGUUUUUAGAUUAUUAAUUUCACCCUUACAUUUUAAGGCCUAGGCAUUUUCUUUGAAUAUUUCUUUAUUAUUUUUACAAUCAGUUAUGGUGAUUAUGGUGCUUUUUACUCGCAAGGGGUACUUAGUUUUAACAUGUUAUUUAGUUUUAAAAAGGAAAUGGUUACGGAGUUCUUUUAUUUUAAAAUUAAAUGUAAGAGGGGACGUCUUAACUCAUACCUGACUCAUGCCAGUAAAAGGAGAGAAAAAGCAGAAAUAAUAACAUGCAAACGAUCAAAUUAUAUAUUAUAACUAUUCAUUGUUGUAUUAUUAUUAUUAUUAUUGAACGAAAAUGAUAAAUUUUAUAUAUAAUGCUUAAAUUUAUUACUUAUUAAGAACAUAUUGUGAUUUUUAAUUCCAAUUUACUGUAAAAGUGUGAGCACUUUUUAUACUUUAUCGCACAGUGAUAUUCAAUUAUAAUUUGCCAAUUAUGAAAAAGUGAUAUGGAUGUAGUUUUCAUAUUUAUUGUUUUUAAUAAAAUAUAAGAAUUGGUUGAACUAA